UCUCUUUUUCUCAAGGAAUCAAAUUGUAUGUUUCCCCUUUCUUUUUCUCUCUCUUAUUUUCCCCCUUUUUCUCUAAUUAGACGAUCAACUUUACUCCUUUUUUGCUGUGAUCUGUUAUUGGUGAAACACGAUUUUUUGUAAAUUGUCUAAUAUCACAGUUCCCUGGAGUUUUUAAGAGUUGGUUAGCUGAGACAGUUGAGUUCGGGCUACUCAGAGAUUGAAACCAUGUUUUUUGAUGGGUAUGGAUAUCAUGGAAGAUCAUUUGAGCAAACGUACAGGUGUUAUCCUGCAUCAUUCAUUGAGAAGCCACAAAUAGAAAAUGGAGACAAAAUUAUAAUGCCUCCCUCUGCUCUUGAUCGUCUAGCAUCACUUCACAUUGAUUACCCAAUGUUGUUUGAGCUUCGAAAUGCUAACACGGAACGGGUUUCUCACUGUGGUGUAUUGGAGUUCAUUGCAGAGGAGGGCAUGAUAUAUAUGCCAUAUUGGAUGAUGGAAAAUUUAUUCCUACAAGAAGGCGAUAUUGUGACAGUGAAAAAUGUAACUCUUCCUAAGGGUAAAUAUGUCAAGCUGCAACCCCACACAAAGGAUUUUCUGGAUAUUUCUAACCCAAAAGCCAUCUUGGAGACGACACUCCGAAACUUUUCCUGCUUAACCACAGGAGAUAGUAUUAUGGUGGCCUACAACAAUAAAAAAUAUUAUAUAGACAUUGUGGAGACCAAGCCUUCUAAUGCAAUAAGUAUUAUUGAGACAGAUUGUGAAGUAGACUUUGCUCCUCCACUUGAUUACAAAGAACCUGAAAGAACGGGUCCUUCUCGUCCAAGCAAGGCUCCAGCAGAAGUUCCAGAGGCUGAAGCAGAAGUUGAGCCAAAAUUCAACCCUUUCACUGGUGGAGCGAGACGUUUGGAUGGAAAACCCUUAAAACAGCAACCUCCACCUUCUUCCUCUUCUGGGUCCUCAGACAAGCAAGCCAAUGUUACUAAUGGUGGUAGUAAGUCUGGUGCUGCUCCAAGCUCUCAAACUUCCACUCGUCAGUCCCAAGGGAAGCUUGUAUUUGGAUCAAAUGCAAACCGCGCUCCUGAAAAACAGAAGGAACCCGUGAAAGAGGAAGCUCAAAAGAAAGAAGAACCCAAGUUUCAGCCUUUCUCUGGGAAAAAGUACUCCUUGAGGGGUUAAGUUCAUAUGUCCAUUUCUUUUGUCAGUCAAAUAUCAGAAUUAUGUCAAACAUAUUGUAUAAUCUAUAUUAUUGGGUUUCAUUGACUGUUGCAAAAGCUGGAAUGAUGUACUCCUAAUUAUUUCAGGAGAGGGAUCUUAAAAAUGGUUGGUUGGCGUAGACUCCUUUAUAAAAAGCACAAUUUGUUUUAGUACUCUAGUUUUGUUUUGACCACCGAGUUUGUUGUACAACAACUACAACAACUUGUGCAGUAAAAUUUCACAAGUGAGGUUUAGAGAGGGUGAAGUAUAUUGUAGAUCUUACCACUACCUCGAGGAGGUAGAGAGGUUAUUUCUGAAAGACGAAUAAUAUACAUGUGAAGUGAGAUAAGUUGAGUUUGGUAUAAUUCAAAAAAUUUGCCUCAGUAUAGGAACAACUCUGAUGAUGCAACUUGGUGCACGAGCAGCAGUUACCAUCUUUCUUGGUUCGAUUAACUAGCGACAUUACACGUUGGAAUGGUCAGUCAAUUACAUGUUCAAAUUUUUAUAAUUUAGGUAUGAAAAUUUAGUGAAUUUCCAAAUAUGUAGACAGUUUUUGAAGUUCAAAUUCUUAUAUAUAUAAAUUCAUGAACGAUUUCUGGGAGUAUUUCUGCAUUUUAACUGAGGACAUUUUCUUGAAGAAUUUAUUUCUGCAUUAAAAUCAAUGGUGUAAAAAGUGGCCUAUGUCUAAAUAUUAUUGGGUGUGGCAGCUUAUUAUUUUCAUUUUAGUAGAAAAAAAAAAUAUAUUUUCGGUCAAUUGAACAUCAGAAAAUUGAUUUAUUUUAAUUUUCUAAAGUCCCAAACAUAAAAAAAAAAAAGAAAAGAAAAGAAAAGAAAAGAAUUAAUAAUAAACUUGCCCCAAUAAUUCAAAAUAAUUAAUAAAAAAAAUCGUAAAAGCAUUAAUCAGAGAAUCAGACCAUUCUAUCAUAUUCCCCCUUCUAUUUUCUUUUUCAUUUUCGGGUCUAGGGUUUAAUCAGUACGGUAGAAAGGGAGUGAACGGGUAGUAAGGUACCGGGAAAUGGCGAUUACACAGUGGUGCAUCUCAGCAGCGAGGAGAAUGACGGUGAUGAUGAUGUCACAACGUAUGGGAUAUUCAUCUUCAGCGGCGAUUGGAGGUCCGAUGGUUUGCGGGCGAGGGGACAAGAGAACGAAGAAAGGGAAGAGAUUCAAAGGUUCGUAUGGCAAUUCAAGGCCCCAAAAGGAUAAGAAAAUCGAACGCAUCAAAGAUAAAGUUGAGGUUCCCAGGUCUACCCCUUGGCCUCUUCCUUUCAAACUCAUCUAGUCUUGCUUAAUUAUGUUCUUCUUAUGAAUGAAUGUGUUCACUUCUCAAGACGUGUAGACCAAUUGUGUUUUGAUUGCUUUGUUCAGCUACUAGCUCUAUUGCUAUUUCCAUACAAAGUUAUUAUCAUAUCGCACUUUAGAAUAAGAGCUGAAUUUACAUUUCUGUGAUUAAAAUAGGUGCUUUAUCAAAACUCACUUUUGGUUA